AUGACUCUCGAAUCAAACAACCCCGAGUUCCCCUACUCAUUAACAAUCUCCCUUCCCCUUCCAACAAAUCGCCUCGCUUCCUCUGCCCUGCGCACCCUAGAUGUCGACUCAGAAUUGUCCCCUUUCGUGCGUCGCACACUCAGUCUCGAAUCCCCAACUUCAACUGCUGCCUCGGAGCACAAAGAAAAGAAACUGAAGCAAGACCCCGAUGAAUCGAAGACUAUCUUGAAGACUACAUACUACGCGACGACCAAUCGAAUGUUGCGUGUUGCUGUCAAUGGGUUCAUGGAGAGUUUGGGUGUUAUCCUUGGUGUUAUGGCUGAAUUGGACGUUGAUGUACUCAAAGCUGAGAUGGAGGGUUGA